AUGGCUCAGUAUAGCCAAGUCUACAACGUAGACGAGCAAGACUCAGCCGUUCAUCAAGGGUAUACAGCCUACCAACCUCCCAGCCAUCCCCACCAUCCCUCCGACUAUGGAGUCUACAACGCUGAGAAGCAAGCACCUGCUGCUGCUGCCGCCGAACUAAAUUCCUAUCCUGUCCACCAAAAUCCCAUGCAACAAUAUGCAUCGACGAACCCCCAACCGCGAACACUACAAUGUCAGCCAUGGAAACGGAGAGUUGGCUACUUUGGAUGGUGGAUUAUUGGACUAGGCACAGUCAUAAUGCUGGCGUCUUGUGCAUUUCUUGUCUACAUCUGGUAUGGUGCUUCCCUUGCUAGACAAAGACUUCCCCGACCGGAGGUUUGGGAUAGCAUCGUCUUUGAAGGCUAUGCAGCACGAGCCGUGACUCUCUGUUCAGCUGCAAUUCGAGUAACAAUGGGCUUCCAGAUUGGUCUGCUGGCUGCUGCUAUGGCAGCCACUAUCCUCGAGACAACCGGGACGCGUCUUUCGGACCUCGCGAGUCUGUCCAUGUCCAGAGCCUUUGUAGGCAGCGCAAGUCCAUGGGAGAUAUUCAUGAUCGCCUACCACAGAACAUCCCACCAGAAGAAAGCUGUGUUAUCCCACUGGCUCAUCCCACUUCUGUCUUUCGUGGUCGGCCUCGGAAUGACUCUCACAUCCACUAUCCUUCUCUUCGACUUCAAACUCGUUCAAAUCGCUGCACCAAGCACCACGAGAUCGAUAGCUCUGGGAAUCGAUGUCCAUCAGAUUAUGGCAGAUACUUCUGGCACUUCCUACUGGCAGUCCAAACCGCAAGCGCAUUGGCGAUUUGCCGAGACUCGCCCCUCUGCUACCGUUAGCGACACUGCACUGGAACAUGUAUCGGAUACGGGAGACAUCUAUCUCGCUCCGCUUCCAUUUGACAAUGUCGAUGACAGAACGUCCCUUGAAUUUUACGAUGGACCUGCCAUUGUCACAAACAGCAGGACAGCAUGUGUUGCGCCAGACUUGAAGAACGCCACGUUCGAAUACAUACGCCCAAGUAGUCGUGUUACAGAGGGUCUUUAUCUGCUUGCUGAAAUUGAUACGUCAACUAGUUGGGGGUCAGGCCCCAGGAUCAACGGCAGUCAAGUGGCUCGGAUUUCAUGUCGGCUCAAUAACUAUUGGGAUAAGAGGUCAGAGAACUGGGCUUUGUCGCUCUGCGGCUUCACCAAUCUUGACAUCAGUGCCAUCAAUCAGAGCCUACAAGACCCGCUAUCCGGUCGUCCCUAUGCAUUCCAACCAGUCCUUCUUCUGAACGCCAGCUCAACGCUGAACCUCAAUGUCGCCAUUCCACAAUGGACCGGGUCAGACGAGGAUUGGGCUAAAGUAGGGGCAAUGAAUGGCCUUCAAAUGCCCAAAUCUGUCAAGGAUGGUCCGUGGACGGCCGCUAUUGAUACAAACGGCACCGAAAUUCUCAAAGCUAGCGUCUGCUUCACUGCUCUGAACAUGCCACUUCUGUAUAACGUGACGAUGAAGGGAAAAGCAGUUUUAGCAGAGCCAAAAUCACAAGCAAGGUACAGGGAUUUGGAAAUCAAGUCCAAAAACGAAACACAGUUUCUUGAGCAAUUGGGUAUAGGGGUUUCUUCACUAGAUCUCGAGGCACGAGGUAUCCUGGAUCUCAAAGUCAAUUCAGAUCCUCAGGACUUGUCUAACGAGGAUACCGACCUCAUAAAUGCCGCCAUCUAUGAUAUGAUGCGCACGAGUCUUUUCGACUACCACAUCGCAGGUGGUUGGACUUUCAACAAUGACGCUCUCAUGGGCUAUCUGGAGUCAUCUCUGUUUUGGCCAGCCCACCCUGAGCAUUCAUAUCUGGUACAGACAAUUUUGAAAGACACUGGUGACCCAGCAAUCGCUGUCCAGGCGUUGUUUACUCGCUUCGCCCAAAUGAUCUUCCACGAUAUGCUGCCAUACUGGACAAGAGAUCAGUCAAUUACAACAGUCAACGUUAAACGUGUCAUUAUUCCUUCACAGUGGACGGGACUGAUCAUCGUUUUGGCGCUCGUUGUUACGCACUUGGCUCUCACGCUCGUUACAGUCUGGAUGUUUCUCGCUUCGACGAAACUAUCUAUGCUGGGCCACGCCUGGCAGACUGUGUCACAGAUCGUGUCCCCCGAGACCAGUGUUGUUGUACAGGCUGUUUCGAACGGUGGAAUGACAGAUCACGAAGUACAUAAGUGGGUGCCUACGACAGCAUUUGACGACCAAAUCUACAGCUUAUCGACAUCAGUUGAUCAUCAAGGACUGAAAGUACGGAGACGUUAA